CUUCAGCUUUGCUCAACUUUAUUUCAUUCCAUUUACUGGUGUCGUUUAGUGAUUUUGUGCGAUUGCCACUCGCUCCAGCUAUUUAUGUGAAUAUUUAAUUUGAAAGCUGACCAUACAUACACAUUUCCUAAAAUGGAUCUACACGAUGCGGAUAAUUGCAAAUGUCAUAAACAGGCGGCGCCAGCACAACAAACCUUAACUGAUAUGGAAUUCGAUCGUGGCAUCUGGAACGCUGCUAUCUACAACGAGCCGGAGCGCGUACGUAAUUUCAUUAGUCGCGGCAAAUCAAUGGACCGCGAUGACUUCGACUACACAGCGCUUCAUUACGCAGCGCGCAAUGGCAAUUUAGAAAUAUGCAAAAUGUUAAUCGAAGAUGGCAAGGUCGAUGUGGAUGCUGUUACAAAAGCAGGUGCUACGGCACUACAUCGCGCUGCUAUGAUGGGUCAUUUAAAUGUAGUCAAAUUAUUGGUGGGCGCCAAGGCCAAACUCCAAUUGCAAGAUGAAUAUGGUCAGACAGCACUUCAUCGGGCAGCUAUACGUGGUCACUUGGAAGUUUGCAAAUUUCUGCUCGAGAAGGAUCCAAAAUUGAAGGAAAUUAAGGAUAAGAAAGACAAAAUUGCAUACGAGUAUAUAAUGGAGAACGCCAAUGAUGAUUUCAAAAUAUUACUUAAGCCUUGAAAGUCAAAACGCAAACGAAACCGCUAAAAUUUAAAAAUCAAGUUGCAUAUACUACAUAUACCAUGAAGUAGCAAAAAUAGAAAUGCUAUCACAAAAUAUCUAAAAGCUGCAUUUUUACACCAAAAGCACUAAGUAAGCGUACUUACAUCACAUUCAUGGAUUCAAUUGCGUGCACAUCUACUUAUUUUCAAAUAUAAAUAUACAUACAUACAUAUUUGCAGUCUACACAUUCUUCAGCACUUUUCUACACAGUGCGUACCUGUCCUUAUAUGUAUAUUUUUGCGCAACUAUCAUUGGAAUAAAUAUUCGGACAAUUGGAUGUUUGGAAUUCAAAUUAUUUUCAUGUUUUAUUGACACGUCUGCUUAAUGGAACUUUCAGCAUUACAAAAUGCCAAUUUAAACUACAUACCUACAUACAUGCAUAUGUAUGUAUGUCGUGACUAUUUAUAUUUGAUUUUGUAAUUCUAAUUUCAAUUAGUAUAUUCUAGAAUACAUAUGUAUAUCUAUUUUUGGCUACAAGCUACAAACAAUCUUAUUGAUUUGUUGAGGUUGAAAUUAUGUUUGUUGCACUUUUUGAGCUUUUUUUUUUGUCUUUACUACACAGUAUAUGUAUCUAUAUAUUACCUUUAUGUGUAUGUAUAUUGAAUACAAUAACCAUGCGUACUCUGAGUUGCGUACUCAAAACGUUGUAUUUUGUAGUUCAAUAUCAUAAAAGUUUAUACAUAUAAAUGAUGUGAGAUCAUUUU